GUACAUUUUGCUGGGCAGAGACUCAGACAAGAGGCAUGGGAUCAGCAGGAGACAAUAGGACAGACUGCAUAGUGCUGACACUGGCCAAAAAGCUGGCAUUAAAACCAGUCCCUGUUCUGCCUAUAUAAACCCCUGGGGCUUGCAGAGCUGAAACAGGCAAGUGCCAGAUGGAUAUCCCAGCAGUUCAGACUGAGCGAGGUGAGUGCACAUACAUGGGUCCAUCCUGGGGGAAGCAUUCAUUAUAGGAUGCAGCAUUUCAAACAUAUUAAACCGUUUUCAAUGGGGGAGUAAAUAUUAUGUUUUAAAGAUGGUGGCAAUGGAGACAACAGAAAAACUUCAUUCAGAAAUAGCAAUGUGUUGUUCAUUUAGAGCUGUUCAAAAUUGGCUUUCCCAGUCUUUUCGGACUGCAAUUCCCAUAAUUACUCAACAAAAGAAUUGUGGGACUGGUAGUUUAACUGUAUCUGGUGGCCUCGAUUGUUAAAGUUUUGGAAUGUGGAAACAGUUGUGAUAACAGAAGGUAACCGAGGCCCAUCCUACUUAUCUAGAGCUUCACUUUAGAAAUCUAUGAACAGUUGCCUUUGCCUGGCCCCUUUAAAACGUAUGUUCAUCAAAUGUCACAAAGGAGGGAUAACCUGAAGUGUGAGAUAUGGGAAUUGAUACAUUUGCCUUGCCAGUGCUCUAGACUAGUGGUUCCCAACCCAGUCCUCAUGGACCACCAACAGACCAGGAUUUAUGUAUUUCCUUUUUUUAUUCAAAUGGAGAUACUGACAAAACCUGGACUGUUGGUGGUCCAUUAGGACUGGGUUGGGGACCACUGGUCUGUUCGUAGUAAGGAAUAGACCGUAGACCGUUAGUAGUAAGGAAUACAUCUAAAUAUAACUACAACAAGUUGUUAAUUAUAGUUUGGAAUUUUAGAAAUAUAAUGUGUAAUAUCAGUAUUUUGUUUAGGUUAUCUUUUUCUAUAUUGGGUGAGGUUUGUGUAUCAGAUAUGUUACAUCGCUCUGUAGUCCAAAAAAAGUGUUUCUUCAUCUUCUUCCAAAGUAACCUCACAGACUGGGCUUCAGUUAAAUCCAUCUCACAACGCUCACAGAAUGAUUAGCCGUACUUGCUGUUAGCCAGGAAUAUGUUUGAUACCUGCUAUUUGAGGACAAUGUUGAGAAAUACUGAGUCACACUAGGACAAUACACGAUUACACAGUUACAAUGCUGAACCGUUUUUUAUUGUAUGUGAUGAUACAAAGCUUUGAAGUUCAUCUGAUGUAAAUAUUGAGAACUGAUCUGCAUGUUUUCCUUUUUUAGAAGACAUCACCUCUGAAAAAAUGGCCCAGACUAACCCGCUUCCUGUUCCUCUGGGACCCUGGAAGGUAUAUACCAGUUAUUCAGAUUACAGGGUUAAGCCUACGGGUUUAAAUGAGGAUGAGCAAUGUAAAGUAUAAUUGUCUAGGAGUUUAAAGAGAUGUUAAACCCAGAGGUUUAAAGUUGAGUCAGCAAGAGUUUUUAGACUGUGGAUCUGUAAUGUAAAUGACAAGACUGAUGUCAUAUCUUUUCUUAUCUCCAUGGAUGACAUAUAGAAAAACACUUCCAAAAAUGGCUAAAGCGAGUAGUAUUUAUUAUAGUUAUAGUCAUGCCUGUUGCUCAAAAUAGACUCCCUUUUGGCACCAGGAACAAGAGUCCAUAGGACUAGCCAAACAAAACCAGAAAUACAUCAAUUUUAUCAUCAUAUAAUAGGCGUAAAUAGAAUAACAAAGAAAUGAUGUGGCUCACUCGAUCACUAUUAACGGACAGCGUACCAAGUGGAAAAAUAACCAGAGGAAACAAGUCUCUUAGCAUCAUAAUGUUCACUAUAGUGUCUAUUCAAUAAAAAGGGAAUUGUUGUGAACUGAGAACCAAAAUAGAUAUGAAAUGAUAGAAACAUAGAAUGGCAGAUAAGAACUGUUUGGCCCAUCUAGUCUUAACCUUUGCAGUUUGGUUUUCAAUACCCUAGCUUAGUUCACUAAAUAAAAUCACCCAAAGAAAUGAAAACAUUAAAACAUGUUCUUGCUAAGUUUUAUUAAAGGAUAAACUGCUGGGAAAUAAUUAAUCAUUGAUCCUGAGAGAACUCCCAUAAAACAGUUUCCAAUGGCAGAAGUAGUGAGGAUGUAAAGAGGUAAUAGAAGAUGAAAUCUAUGAAAAGUCAUAUUUUCUUUAUUUACAUCAGAUCACAGUCUAUGAUCAAGAGAACUUUCAAGGAAAGAGAAUGGAGUUUACUGCAUCAUGCCCAAACAUCAUGGAGUGUGGUUUUGACAACAUCAGAUCUCUAAAGGUGGAAUGUGGAGCGUAAGUAAUUACUAUAUCCGAUCCAAUCAAUAGGCUUACACUAUUCAUCACAGCACCCCAAUACUGUACAUAUAAAGCUGGAAUGGCCAACUACUGACUCUUACAGGCUUCUUUAUUAACGUGAGAAUGAUUGGGAAUUUCAAGGGAAUUCAACGCAAAUUUAAAAUUUAAGGCAAAAGUUAGAAUUGCACCAGUGUGGCUACUUUGGAUUUAAAUUUGAAAUUUACUUUCAAUUCACUUUGAAUUCAAAGAAAAUCUCACUUUACUAAAUAAACCUGUCUGUAAUUCAAACACCAACAGAGAUCUACUAGGAUUAUAGUCCAAUAAUACGUAGGCAGGUGCCAACACUGACAGGGCAGAUGUUAGGGGAAGUUAAUUAAUUACUAUAAGAACACAGACAAGGUACCGUAGUAGCUAUUCCUUCACAAUCCCUGCGUUUAAACACACCAGUAACUGUGGGAGCUGCAGGACAUGGGGACAACAUGGUUUUAUGGUCAUCUAGUAGCAUACUACAGUAUGAAAAGUGAGCGAUAAGUUCCCCAACUAAACCUCUACAAUCCCCGUUUUUAGAACAGUAGAUAGAGCCGUAAAUGCAAUAUAUUGAAACAAUACUGCAGCUCCCACAGUUAGAAGUGCGUUUACUACUCUAUACAAAAUGCAUUCAAAAAUGAAGAUGAAUCAAUAAACAACCUUAAUUAGUACUCAGUAUGGUUCCAUAUAGCAAUAAUGAAAACACCUGCUCCAUGGCUCUACAAAGGAAAUAUAUAGCCCACCACUCUGCAGAAUUACCACAUCUUAUAAAAUAACCAAAGAUUGAGGGAUGGAUUCUAUCCAGGGGUUCUCAACCCAGUCCUCAGGACCCCCUACCAGUCCAGGAUUUGGGGAUUACCUGGGUGUUUUUUUUUCUUUUUCUAAACACCUUAGACACACCCAGGUAAUCCCUAAAUCCUGGACUGGUAGGGGGUCCUGAGGACUAAUGUUGAGAACCCCUGUAUUAGACUAAGCUCAUUUGGCCUAAGUGAGUUGCAGUUUCCCCUGGUUUUAUAUAAGAAAAAUGCUGUUGAAUUACAAGGCCCUUUAAUGUGUAAAUCUAACCAGAAAUCAGUAUAGUCUUAGAAUAGUGUAGCCUAGUCAAUAACACUGAGAUUUGACAUGAAUGUAAACAUGCUAAGUGUAUCACUGGAUUAUUUCUUAUAAAACCUAUGUACAAUAACAAAAAAAAUCAAUGCUAAACCUUUAACAGAUUUUUUUUUUUAUCAAAGCUUGUAUUUUAAAAUGUGACGAUAACAUUCUAGCAUUACAGUGCUAUGCUACAAUUAACCCAAUUAUUCGUGUCCAUGCAGCUGGGUAGGUUAUGAACACACUAGCUUCUGUGGCCAGCAGUUUGUCCUUGAGAGAGGAGAGUACCCACGCUGGGAUGCCUGGAGUGGAAGCAAUGCCUAUCACAUUGAGCGACUGAUGUCCUUCCGCCCAGUCUGUUCUGCUGUAAGUGUUAUAGUGGACAUUCUACUGACAAAGUGAAAAGGUUGCACAGCUACCUGCAACAUUCUUAGAACAUACUAAAUAUAUACACUAUUGUAAUAUUUGGUUUUGAAUUGGCUUAACAGAGGAGGGAUGAAAGGUGGUCUGCAAUGAAUAAUAUGCAGUACCAAACUUAAAACCCUACAUCUCUUUAAGAAGGCUAAUAAGUAUAACAUAUUAGAGAGGCGCUAAUAAGCAACAGAUCACUACAGAAACUAGUGUUGAACUCAGCCCAUGCAAACCUUUCAAUAAGUAACUAAGUUUUUAAAAUUAUAUUGAAGGCAUUUUCAUUAGGACUUAUGUCUUGUUAUUUUACCGGCAAUAUAUGUAAAAAUUCAAGUGAUACAGAAUGGUUUUAUUGCCUGAUUUAAUUUCCCCUCUCAUGUAAAUCUGAUGUACUCUAUGUGCAGAAUCAUAAGGAAUCCAAACUAGUCAUCUUCGAGAAAGAGAACUUCAUUGGACGCCAGUGGGAAAUAUGCGAUGACUACCCCUCACUGCAAGCCAUGGGCUGGUGCAACAAUGAGGUGGGAUCCAUGAAGAUUCAGUGUGGAGCGUAAGUAUGACUACAAUUAAAAACCUGUGGUAUGACAUACCUGAAAUUUUGAAUAUUAUCACCAAGAUAAGACAUUUCCGCUGUAUACAGAGAAAUCAGUGCUAAGUGAGAUCGCCAAAUAAAAUUUUACAACAAUCUUUAUCUAGAUUGCUGAAGACAUACUUACAUGCUUAUUACCAAAAUCAAUCCUUUUACUCGGCUAUACAAAUUGGGAAAUUUUACUCCUUAUAUAAAGAAAGAUCAACAUAUAUUAAAUUCUGCCUGAAAUUGAUCUCAGUUUUCCAUGUUAAUUUUGCAUUUUUAUUUCAGCUGGGUUUGCUAUCAAUAUCCUGGCUACCGCGGUUACCAGUACAUCAUGGAGUCCGACCAUCAUGGAGGAGAGUACAAGCACUGGAGAGAAUGGGGAUCCCAUGCCCAAACCUUCCAGAUCCAAUCUAUCCGACGCAUCCAACAAUAAAGGCCCCAGAUCCUCCCGUCACCUACUAUUGCCGUGUUAGCGAGAGGUCACCAUUUCCUAGUUCACUAUGGUGCUACCAAUCUCUUUUAAUGCUAAUUUAGAGGAAACAGAAUCCUUUCAUGUACUGUGAAUGCUUGUUGGUAAAAUUACUUCUUAAUUGUACCAGCAGCUAAAAUAAAUGUGAUUCAGAAAAAAAACAA